GCGCGAGAGGGGAGGGGAAAAAGUUCGACAAGGACAAUCCCGCAGAAACUUUUUUUCCUUCUUCCCUUUCUCUGUGGAAGAAGCCUCCAGAAAAUAAGUCAGGAGGACAACACUGGAUUACCUCUGCUUUUCAUCGCUACAAAGGAUUUAAACUGCUCCCUGGAUGCUGCACAGGCGUUUACUGACGGAUUAAUGUGGUCGCAAAUUUGAGGAGUUAUCAGUAGUUGAAGCUGGUGUCAGAGGUGAGGCGUUUGUCAGAGGAGGGAAACCAUGUGGCUGCUCUGCGCCUGUCUGACGCUGUUGGCCCUCAGCUUUGGAUCAUGUGACACGGUGACGUCAGAGCAAGAUGUACAAUGCCCGGACUUACAAGUGGAUGAGUGGAAGUUUCCUCAGACAGCAAGGCAAAACAUAACAGGUUUUAAUCUGGUAAGGCGAUUCGCACUCCUCAAGAGUUCAGAUGUCAAGAAGAUCCGCAACCCUCGUGGACCAGUCAUCCUCCGCCUGGGUAAAGCAGCACUCCUACGCCCAACGGAUCAGGUGUUUCCUCACAGCCUACCUGACGAGUUCGCCCUGAUCUUCACCCUGGCGUUGAAGAAAGCCGCCCUGGGAGACACCAUCUACCUCUUCCAGAUCUCCAAUGAGCAGGGCUACCCACAGUUUUCCGUUGACUUAAACGGCCCUGAUGGCACCCUGUCCGUGCGUGCCAGAGGGGUAGACCCCACUGCCGACAUGGUGAGCUGUGUUUUCUCCGGAGAGGGGGUGGAGGCCCUGAUGGACCUGCGCUGGCACAAGGUGGCCCUGAGUGUGCAACAAAAAUCGGUAUCCCUCCACGUGGACUGCAGCUCCAUUGAGACCAAACCCAUAGACCCCAUUGUACCUGUGCCAACCGACGGACACACUCUGCUGGGCAUUCGUGCCUCAGACGCCGGCUCUGCACAGAUGGACAUUCAGCAGGUGAUGCUGUACUGUGACCCUGCGCUCGCCAUUCAGGAGGCCUGCUGUGAGAUUCCUGGAGCACGGUGCCCGCCUGACACUCCCAAGAGCCGCCGUGCUGCAGAGAACGAGCUGAUGGAGAACACCUUUGCUCAGGAUAUUUUUGCAUCCAAGGAUCUGGCAAAGAAAUGUGCUGGUUGUUUACUUCCAAAAGUGGGAGAAAAUGCUGUAAAUCUGGGUGGAAUUAUUGGCUUUAAAGGUGAAAAAGGCGACCGGGGUGAUGACUGUUCUGGCACCCAUUCAGGCCCUUGCUCAACAGGACCUAAGGGCCAGAAGGGAGAGCCGGGAUCACCUGCCAACUGGGGAGAAGCAGCAGGCUAUCAGGGAGAAAAAGGUCAGAAGGGAGAGAUCGGCACUCAGGGUCUCACAGGCGCUCCGGGGAAGGACGGUCGAGCAGGGUCUAUCUGUGUCGUUGGCCCCAAAGGACAGAAGGGUACCCCCGGUGUAGUGGGUCCUGAGGGUUUGGCUGGAGAGCCAGGGAAGCCAGGACUUCCAGGCCCACCUGGUCCUGGAACUGUAGGCCCUCCAGGCCCUCCUGGAGAACCAGGUGGUCCAAAAGGAGAGAAGGGAGAUUCAGGACCUAAAGGAGACGAUGGAUCAUCAGGAGAUCCUGGCCCAAGAGGACCAGCAGGAUCCAAGGGAGAAAAGGGUGACCCAUGCGAAGUGUGCCCUGUGCUGCCUGCAGACUUAGGAAACACAGUAGCUCUGCAAGGGAAGCCAGGCCCCAAAGGAGAGCCUGGCUCUCCAGGAACAGGAGAGAGAGGACUGCCUGGGCCCCAGGGUGCAGAUGGCAAAGCAGGACAGAAGGGAGAUCCUGGAUCAGGUGGAGCCAAAGGGGAAAAGGGAGAGCCAUGUUCUGUUUGCCCAACUCUUGGAGAGAUACCCUCUAACCUCGGCCCAGAUGUCAUGGCCCAAGUGCUGAAGCAGAAGGGAGAAAAAGGAGAGCCGGGGAUUGGACAGAAAGGAGAGCAGGGGAUACCAGGAGAUGUGGGAUCGCCUGGUCUUAAAGGAGAGAAGGGCAAUACAGGCAGCAAAGGACCUGAUGGGAAGCCGGGAAAACCUGGACAAAGGGGACCAACUGGCAAAGAAGGACAGAAAGGCCCAAAGGGAGAGCCAGGACUGCCUGGUCUUGCUACCCCGGGACAAAAGGGUGAGAAGGGUGAGUGUGGUGUUUGCCAGCCAUCAGAGGUUGGAAGUGGACCUGCUGGUUACAAAAUGCCUGAAGCAACGAGCGGGAAGCAAGGCGAACCAGGUCCUCCAGGUCCACCUGGACCUCCAGGUUUUGGAGCAGACGGCAAACAGGGUCCACCAGGUCUUGUUGGGCCUAAAGGAGAAAGGGGGGAUCAAGGAGAUCAAGGAGAUAAGGGACUGGAUGGAUUUCCAGGAGUCCCAGGACUACCUGGAGAGCCUGGUCGGGAUGGACUUCAAGGGUUGAAAGGAGAGAAGGGUGAUGCUUGCACCAGCUGUCCCACUCUGGGAUCUGCAGUGGGUGAUGGUGUAGCUGUGCCAGGCCCCAAAGGAGAGAGAGGAGAGCCAGGUCCCCCAGGAAAUGGAAAGCCUGGCAAAAACGGAAAAGCUGGCUUACCAGGUGUACAAGGGCCCGCAGGUCCCAAAGGAAGCAAGGGAGAAGCUGGGGCUGCAGGUAUUGGGCUUCCAGGACCACAAGGUGAGCAGGGGCAAAGAGGAGUGCCAGGACUUCCGGGAACCCCCGGAAUCAAAGGACCAGUCGGCUCUGUUGGCCCUGGAGGAGAAAAGGGCUCCAAAGGAGACAUGGGGUUUCCAGGACUGCAGGGGCCUGCCGGCGUGGGAGUAGCAGGGCAGCCGGGUAAAGACGGAGCCCCCGGUGUUAUAGGACUGCCAGGAGCUGACGGCAGACCUGGCCUUGACGGAGCUAAGGGGGACAAGGGCGAACCUGGGGAGUGUAACUGCAUUUACCCACAGCACAGCAGCGUCGGAGGACCUGGAGCUCCAGGAACUCCAAUAAACGUUUGGCAGCCCGGGCCUCAGGGCCCGCCAGGACCUCCUGGCCCUCCUGGCCCCCCUGGGCCUCAGGGUGUCACUGGAAUCCAAGGACCACAGGGUAUCCCUGGAAACGACGGGAUACCAGGGAACCCGGGUUUGCCAGGAUACAGCCCCCCUCGUGGACCAUUUGUUCUGCCUCAGGACUCCGCAGGAGGAGCUGGAGAUGAGGGCUGUGGUGAGGGCUGCUCCACAGGGUUGCCAGGGGUGCCAGGCAUGGCUGGUGCCAAGGGAGAGAAAGGAGACCAGGGCAAGCCUGGUGUCACCCCGUUGGACAACUGUGACAGGUGUUUGGAAAAACUGCAGAGAGAGCAGGCAACACAAGCAGUGGGUGACCGAUCCUGCAUAGGAACACCAGGAGUUCCAGGAGUGCCUGGAUCACCUGGAGACAAAGGAGAGCCUGGUAUACCAGGGAACAGAGGCCAACCUGGAAUCCCAGGAAACUUGGGACCCCCUGGCUUCCCCGGUUCUCAGGGCCCAUCUGGUUCACCAGGUCAGCAGGGCGAGAGAGGGCCGCCCGGCCUCAGCGGAAUGAAGGGUGAGCAGGGCCCUCCUGGGACGCCUGGGUAUCCAGGAACCAUGGGACCGCCUGGACUGCCUGGACUGAAGGGCGAACGUGGGAGUCCAGGAACAAGUGGCCAGAAAGGAGAAUCAGGUCCUCCUGGAAACCCUGGGUAUCAAGGCUCGGCUGGCUCACCGGGCAUCAAAGGAGACACAGGACCAGCAGGGCUUCCAGGUGCCAAAGGGGAUACGGGUUUUCAAGGACAGCCAGGUUUUCCAGGACCACCAGGUCCUCCUGGUCCUUCUGGCAAACCAGGAAGGGAAGGACUCUCUGGAAUCAAAGGUGAAAAAGGCAAUGAUGGCCUUCAAGGCUCUCAAGGACCUACCGGACCCCCGGGCUCUCCAGGCUCCCCAGGGCUAAUGGGCCCCCCUGGCAUUGAGGGAAUGGAUGGAAAAGAUGGAAAACCAGGGCUGAGGGGUGAAGCGGGCCCUCCAGGCCCAGCUGGACCCCGAGGAAUCCCAGGAUUCAAAGGGAAAACCGGCCAUACUGGCUUCCCAGGACAGAAGGGUGAAGCUGGACCCACAGGUCCACCUGGACCUCCAGGCAGACCGGGCCAUGAAGGUGAUCCUGGAACCCCAGGAACUCAGGGACGACCUGGACCCCCCGGUCACAUAGGUGCUACAGGUCCAGCUGGUCCACCAGGACCUCCUGGUCCCUCAGGAGUGGGUAUUAAAGGAGAUAAAGGCCAAUCCGGUGAGCGGGGUAUCCCAGGAAUGGGAGGGCCUCCAGGACCACCAGGGCAUCCAGGGCCAUUGGGUGAGCCUGGCAAUGACGGUGCUGCGGGUAAAGAUGGCACGGCUGGUCUGCCAGGGGACAUGGGGCCGCCGGGUCAAAAGGGUGAGCAAGGGGCCCAAGGCCUUAGAGGUCCUCCUGGUCCUCCUGGCAGACCAGGCCCUGCAGGUGUUGGGGGUUACCAAGCCAAGGAUGCACAGCCCAUGAUGGGCCCCAUCGGACCCAGAGGAGAGAGGGGAAGUCCGGGCCCAGAGGGGCCUGCAGGGCUUCCAGGAACUCCAGGGUCACCAGGAAACGAUGCUGUAGUCAAUUAUGAUGAAAUCAAGAACUUCAUCCGCCAGCAGGUCAUCAAGGUCUUUGAUGAGAGAAUGGCCUACUACAUGUCUCGCAUGCAGAUGCCUGUAGAGAUGGUGGCAUCUCCAGGCCGGCCCGGACCCCCAGGAAAAGAUGGUGCACCAGGUAACCCUGGAGCCCCCGGAUCACCAGGAAUCCCAGGAAUGAUUGGCAGACAAGGUCGUCCAGGAGGCAUCGGACCCCCAGGGCCACGAGGACCACAAGGAGUAAAGGGAGAUAAAGGUGUAGGAGAGAUGGGAGAUAUAGGACCUCCAGGAGCACCAGGUGUCCCAGGCCCCCCAGGUUAUGGUAAGAUGGGACCUCCAGGUCCUGUUGGCCAGCAGGGAGUUCCUGGAAUCCCAGGCCCUCCUGGUACGCCUGGUUCGAAGGGAAACGAUGGCCGCUGUAAUCCCGGUGACUGUAUGAGCCAUCAAGUAGAGUACAGCCCCAAGGGCCCGCCCAUUAAAGGCCCCUGGUAGAGGGCUGCAGGAGAGGGGACUGAACCAAAGAGACUACAAAGAAUACAGGAAGCCAAAGACGGUGACCCAGAGAUAUUAAACCUGACCACAAGAUGUUAUAAAAGAAGCUCCUUUGUUGUUGAAUUGUAAAGAUUAAACCACACAGAUUUCCUCUGUUCAUUUGAGCAAAAGCCUUCAUUUUUCUCUAUCGGCCCCGCUGGAAUGAGGCCUGCAAGGAAGCACCAGUAGCACAUUUUUAUUGCAUCAUCCUUUUUCUGGUAUGAAUACUAAAUCAUUGCCUCUGAUUGUGGUCUCACCUCUUUUUCUUGCCUUGUUUCACUCCUUUGGUACAUCUUCAAACAAGCAAAGAGAACCUGUAUAUUUUUUUCUCAUUUAACUCUGGCUUCCUCUGUUUUCUUUUAUUCCCCUUCAUAAAUCCAUAUUAAGAGGACAUACACAAUUACUGUAGCACUUUGCUUCCACCACUCAUAUCUCUUUUCGUUUCUCACAGACUCACAUUCAGAGUGCAGCUCAUGCAUUUCUAAUAUUCCGUCUCAGAGCUUGUGGCGUAUGCCAAUUUGACCCAGAGAUUUCCCUUAGAAAUGUAUUUCCCGUUCAGUCAAAACAGAUGUCAAAAAUGUGCAUUCAUACCCUCUUUGAUGGAUUCGACUGUCUUGUAUAUAUUUAUAUUUAUAUAUAGUGGCUUUUUAUACUUUUUCAACAGAUUUGAUAAAGGACUUUGCAUGGCCGGCCGAUUGUGUUUCAUUCUAAGAGGAAAUAAAGCAACUUUAAAUACCAAAGGGAUAUUUAAGUUUUAAGAAUGGAUUAAAUGUUCAGUAAAAACAAAUUAUUUAUGAUUUAUUAUUACCUGAGAAGGCAUAUUGGCUUUUGUAACCAUUGCUUAAGUUAAUUGUCUUAUUUUAAAGGCAGCCCAUCUGACAAAACAAGCCUUCCAUCUCAUUUUGUACUCCAUAGUAGCUGUAAUAUCCAUCUGUCUGCUUCACCAGGCACUUGUUUAAGAAAAUGAGCAAUAGUGCAGCUUAUUCUCCUCAUGUACUGUAAUGCAACUCACUGAGCACUGCCACCAAAGCCUCACGAUCUUGCAGAGAUUCAGAAAACAGCCUGUAAAGCAUCACAAAAGAUGCUUUGUAAGGUGACUGGUAAUGUAUCAUUUUUAUACGUGGACAUUUUAACCACCACAUCUCUAGUUUAAACCGCAGUUUAAACUAUGAGCCAGAGCUUUUAUUUUUCACAACCUAACCCAUUGGACAUGUUUGACCUUAUGCUGAAUAAAAUUGCUUUUCAAAGA